CUGCCGCUGCUGAGGCGGCGGCCGCGGCUCCGAGGCGGUGGCGGCGCUGCCCACCGCGGGCCGCUCGGGCUCUGGGCUCGGCCCGCAGCCUUCCCUGAUCCCGCCGGGGCCCACGCCGACCAGCGCCUGCCCUAUGAGUGUGUCACUGGUAGUCAUCCGACUGGAACUCGCGGGUCACUCGCCUGUCCCCGCCGACUUCGGCUUCAGCGCCGCCGCUGGGGAGAUGUCCGAUGAGGAGAUCAAAAAGAAGGCACUGGCUUCAGCUACCGCCUGUCUAGAAGGGAAGUCACCAGGGGAGAAAGCAGCCAUCAUCCACCAGCACCUUGGCCGUCGGGAAAUGACUGAUGUGAUUAUCGAGACCAUGAAGGCCAGCCCAGAUGAGAUGAGAGAGACAAUGGAAGAGAAGAAGUCUUCAGCAGCCUCCCUGUCCGCGCAGAGAAGCAGAAAGCAGAGUGAGUCGGCGAACACAGCCCCAGACUCCCCGUCCAAGCAGCUCCCAGAUCAGAUUUCCUUCUUCAGUGGCAACCCCUCCGUUGAAAUAGUCCACGGCAUCAUGCACCUGUAUAAGACCAAUAAGAUGACCUCCUUAAAGGAAGAUGUGCGGCGUAGUGCCAUGCUGUGUGUCCUCACCGUCCCUGCCACCAUGACCAGUCACGACCUUAUGAAGUUUGUUGCCCCCUUCAAUGACGUGAUUGAGCAGAUGAAAAUCAUCAGAGACUCUACUCCCAAUCAGUAUAUGGUGCUGAUCAAGUUCAGCGCACAGGCUGACGCCGAUAGCUUCUACAUGGCAUGCAACGGCCGCCAGUUCAACUCCAUUGAAGAUGACGUUUGCCAGCUGGUCUACGUGGAAAGGGCUGAAGUGCUGAAAUCUGAAGAUGGCGCCAGCCUCCCUGUGAUGGACCUGACGGAACUCCCCAAGUGCACAGUCUGUCUGGAGCGAAUGGACGAGUCUGUGAAUGGCAUCCUCACCACCCUAUGCAAUCACAGCUUCCACAGCCAGUGUCUGCAGCGCUGGGACGACACCACGUGUCCUGUUUGCCGAUACUGUCAAACGCCAGAGCCAGUGGAAGAAAACAAGUGUUUUGAGUGUGGUGUCCAGGAAAACCUCUGGAUUUGUUUAAUAUGUGGCCACAUAGGAUGUGGACGGUAUGUAAGUCGGCAUGCUUACAAGCACUUUGAGGAAACUCAGCACACAUACGCCAUGCAGCUUACCAACCAUCGGGUCUGGGACUAUGCUGGAGAUAAUUAUGUCCAUCGACUGGUUGCAAGCAAGACGGAUGGCAAGAUCGUUCAGUACGAGUGUGAGGGCGACACCUGCCAGGAAGAGAAGAUAGACGCCCUCCAGUUAGAGUAUUCGUACUUACUGACAAGCCAGCUGGAAUCGCAGCGGAUAUACUGGGAAAACAAGAUCGUUCGCAUAGAGAAGGACACGGCAGAGGAGGUGAGUGUCUGACCUGGUGACUGGAAU